CUUGAUCCUCGAACGCACAGCCAGUCUGGCGAGGGAGCUUUUCAGAUCACCAUCGAUCACAACAAGCCUGUAAUAAAGAAUCAUGGCAAAUUCAAGUGCAGCUGUGGAGCAGCAGUUGGUUGCUGCCACACAGAUCAUAGAAAGACAGUUGGAUGCUGAGAUUGAAAGAUUGGACAAUCUUGAUGCUGAAGAUUUGGAUUCCAUCAGAAGAGACAGGCUAGCUGCCAUGAAAAAGAGGCAACAGAAGAAACAAGAUUGGAUAGCAAAUGGUCAUGGAGAAUAUACUGAAAUUACAGAUGAAAAGGAAUUCUUUGAAACUACCAAGAAAUCAGAGAACGUUGUUUGUCAUUUCUACCGGGACCAGUUUUUGCGAUGCAAAAUUGUUGACAAACAUUUGAAUAUCCUUGCAAAAAAACAUAUAGAGACCAAGUUCUGCAAGUUAAAUGUUGAAAAAGCUCCAUUCCUAACUGAGAGACUUAAGAUUCGUGUCCUGCCUACCUUAUGCUUGGUGAAGGACGGCAAGACAAAGGACUAUGUUGUGGGAUUCACCGACUUAGGCAACAAAGAUGAAUUCACAACUGAGGUGAUGGAAUGGAGGAUUGCACGUGCUGAUGUCAUAGAAUACAGCGGUGACCUCAUGACCUUCCCCGGUACUGGACCCAGUGGCGGCCAGCGUAUGAAUGUGCAAAAGAAGACCAUCCGAGGAGGCAGAAGAGACGACAGUGAUGACAGUGAUGAUUCAGAUUGAUGAAAUUGAAUAAGAGAUGCAAUUAGAAUAAAUGCGACUUUAGUAAAGUUCAUGGAAAUUAAAAGUGCAUGGUCUAAUACAGAAGGUUAUUAAUUUUAAUCAUAACUUUAAACUUAUUUUUGUGCUUCAGCUUCUCAUAUAAUUCCUAAGGUUUCAGAAGGACUGGAUAUUCUGUAUUCCACACACAAAAUGCAUUUAGUAAAGAAAGUGCAGUGUC